CCUCUUGCAUCGUCAAAUAACAAUAUGUAAUAUGUUACUGCCAAAAUUAAUUCAAGUGCAAUUUUGUGUGCGCGAACAUAGUGAGGUGUUAAGAGUUUGUGCAAGUGUUACCUGGCUAAGUUUCCAUAGCUAACGUUAGCAAGCGUUGAUGUGACAUAUUUGGGUUUUUUUUGUUUAAUGACUAUUCUUAGAGUUGUAGUUGUUACAUAACUAGCUAUAUGUUCUGUACUUAAACAAGAGAAACACCUAACCAUAGCGGCCGUGCUAAAAAUUUGCGGUGAACACUGCUGGGAUGGCUUCAUUCGGCUGGAAGAGGAAAGUUGGUGAGAAGGUGUCCAAGUCAGCGGUGCAGCAGUUUGAGGCUGAGGCGGAGAAGGCUGAAACUGGUGGACCAGCUCAGGACGAGGCGGAGGCGGAGGCGGAGGUGGACUGGCUGCAAGCCAUUAAACGACGGCGGGAGACCCUGCUGGAGGACUGUGCCGCAAAGAGCAAGAGGCUGCAGGAGGAGGGCGUGCUGCUGGCCGAGGAAGGCAGGCACUGGGAGGCCAUUAAGAAGUGGGACGAGGCCAUUCAGCUGACUCCAGAAAACCCACUCCUGUAUGAGAUGAAGUCUCAGGUACUGACCAUUCUGCAGGAAGUGUUCCCAGCAGUGAAGGCUGCAGAGAUGGCCGUCAAGUUCCGCCCCCUGUGGUGGGAGGGCUGGCAGACUCUGGGCCGUACCCAACUCAACCUGGGAGAGGUGGACCUGGCUGUGAGGUCUUUUCAGGUUGCGAUCCACCUGUGCCCAUCAGAGCACACCCUGUGGCAAGAGGACCUGGCAUGGUCACGGAGGUUACAGAAGCAGCAUUUAGCAACCAAGGAGAAGAUCCGGCAAGAGGAGGAGACAAAAAGACAGAUCCUUCAUGCCCCUGAGCUUGAGCAGGACUAUGAUUUUGAGUCUGAUGAGGUGUUGGCCGCCUGCAUGGCCGUUGCUGAGCGACAGACACGCUAUGAGGAGCUGAAGAGGACCGCGGUGAUCAUAGACUCUGAGGGUAAUAUAAAAAAUGUACUCACUGAGGAAGGAGGAUCAGAGGACAAAGCUACACCAUCAAAAGAACAGUUCGUCAAAGCAAGAGGACUUUGAACUGGUCUCAGCGUGAAUCAAUCGUCCUGGUUCCAUGUUUUUUUGGACUGAAUUGGAUUAUUUCUAGAACCACUGUGACUUUGUGAAGCUAUCGCAUAAAAAACCUAAAAUUCAGAAGUCAACAUGAGAACUGACAAAUUCUAGUGAAGGGGUAUGCAACAACUUAGACAACUGUCUUUUGUUUUUUCAUGUUUUCCAUCCCUUUAAUAUUGAUUGUGUUAAAUUUGCAUGUAACAUUUUUACAUGCAUACACAAAGAUUAAAGAUAUUUUAAGAUGUA